AUGUCACAGAAGAGGACGCCCGCGAGCAGCCGGUGGCGAUCGACUAGGAAUAAUUGUGUUGUUGUUGGAUCGGUGAAGCAAGCGAAUCGGUACGAUGACAAGGUGACUGAUGAAGAUCGACGUGACAUAUGGGAACGCUACGAGAAACUGCAACCAGCAAUGAAAUUAGUUCAUCAUUAUGGACAUGGUGGUCAUGGUUUUACCGUCGGUUGGGGGACUGCUAUUCGAGCUGCUGCUCUCGUCGAACGAGCAAUCAAGGAUAAAGCCUAA